GCUUGGAGGGAGCACACAGGCGCUGCUCCACUGUACGUCUGUAGAUUGUAUAUAUGUGCCAUGAAUGAGGGUGUGAUUGAAAACGUGCCGUUCUGCGGAUGUGUUUUUAUAUUAUUUGCGUGCGUUUGUGGGUUGUCAAGCUGUACCACACUCCCUGGGUUAACGGCAUCACACGUUACCGUUAAAGAUGCGCCAGUGCCAUAUGCUCUUAAGGAUGCUGACGACUUCGGGGCAAACGUGAGCGACAAAAUUAUAGCCAUGCUGUAAGAAGUACCUACAUAUUGCUGUACUACAAGGGCAAACCGCGUGCUGCUCCUAUUACAUUUCAUUUUAAAACGACUGAAAUAUUUGAUAUCGCAGAUAUGGAAUGAACGGAUAAAGCCGGAUAAAAAAAAAUUAAAAAAACAUUUUCACCUUGCUUUUCAGAGGUGUGAACGAUUUUUGCAAAAGAUCCUUUUUGGCCAGUUUGAGAGCGGCGAGAGAUGUCAUAAUGUACUUCUUUUAGUGUUUUUUUUCUAAGAUUGCACACUUACUGCGGUGAAGGUCCUCCUACUAUGUAAUUCUCAGUUAUACGAAAUAGCCUAAAUUUGGCUAGAUUUGCAUGAAUGGGAAUAUACCACUGAUCGCUCUCGCAGCAUCCGCGUGUUUUGAUCGGCAUCCGAGUUAUUUUUGUUAUGAAUAUAUCAUUCUUGUUUGAAACGGCAAGAUCGAGAUAUAGGGAAUCAGAGUUUUUAAUUACGCAAAAGAAAGGAACUGUUUAUGUUUUUUUUUUGCCAAUUUGACUGACGCACUGUGGUAUUUUCUGCUGUUUUCUUUAAUAUUGAAAUCUGUGCGAAUAGACAUUUGAACUUGGAGACGCCAUCCCGAAGGAAUUUGAUUUUUAUGGUCAAGUGCAAGAAGGCAGCGAAAAUCGGGUUUCUAAAUAAGGAGAUUGAGCCUUAGGAUGGAGGGUCGUUGGGUCACUAACGAAGAUUUCCUUGUCCUUUCCGUGUAAAGGCUGCGGCUGCAUCCAAGAAUCGAUACAGGGAUCUGCAUUAGACAAGCAUUGCACAGCAGCACAGUGGCUCCCCCUUCAGGGUGCUGGGAUAAGUGCGGCACUGGAUGGCCACAGGCCCAGAGCAGUGUUUCCCUCAUGAGAACAGCUGCACGGUGAGCACUCAGUUGGUCGACAGGCUGAGGGGCAGGGCUGCUCGUGAGUCACAUGACAUGGAGGUCAAAGGGCACCUGAUCACAGUCGCGGGCCUCGGAGCUCCAGAUCCUCAGGGUUGCGGGGACAGUAAACAGCACGCUGAGCGUGUCUCUGAGCUGCAGGAGCGCAGGAGGAACCUCCAGACGCUGUUGAACACUCGGCUGGGGGAGCUCAGGCACGUCUGUCUGCUGGAAGCGGAGCUGACCGGGCAGCUUCCCAGCGAGUUUCCUUUGGAGGCUGGGGAAAAGCCCCCCCAGGUGCGUCGCAGACCUGGUAUCGCCCCCCGUGGACAUAAACAUUCCCUGAAGGGGGAGGAAGAGGAGGCAUGUCAGUGGAAGCAGAGGACCGCGCGGUUCCGUGGCGCCCUCCGCAGGCAGGCCGACUCUGAGCAGCCCCCGCACGGCAAGAAGACGGUGCACCGCGGCUGCCACACAGAUGAAGCAGUGAAGUCCGAAAGCAGCUCCAUGUCAGACUCCACCGGCCAGGACAAUGACGACUCAUCCCCCAGUGUUGGCCCAGAGCGCCUGGCCCCAGGGAGCCCCGACGGCCAGCUCUGCAGGAAGCUGUCGCCCGUAGAGAUCUACUACGAGAUGAGGACGCGCCGCAACUCAGCGGCCAGCUCUUCCAGGCCAGAGGUAUCGAGCGGAUCUGGCAGCCAGCAGUGGUCAGAUAGCCCCGAAGGCCCGCAAGUCGUCCAGCUACACCCUCAGGAAGGGCUGUCGACUGGGUCCUCGGAGCGGCCGGGCUGCCCGUACAGCGCCCGCACGCGGCGCAGCAACAGCUCCGACGCCCUGCUGGACCGGACCACCUUCCCAGACGAAGGUGUGCAGAGACCUGGGAUGCCCUGCAGGGGCGGGCCUUACAAGAGUUCGGAGGCUCUGACGGACGGCCGGCUGCGGCAGGUCCAGCGAGGCAGCCCUGAGGGGCACCUCAACGGCCAUGGCGAACAGGGCAGGCUGCGCUCCUCGAUGGGCGGCCGAGGGGGCGGCAGCUACAACGAGAUCCUCAUGGACUACAUCUGGGGCAAGCAGCAGAAGAUGCAGCAGAGACAGCAGCCGGCCAGCGGGGCCAGGCCUUGGACAGAGGCUCCUUCUACCUCAUUCCCAGCCGCUGUGGCCCCCCAGCUGAAUGGCUUCCCUGCGCCUCAGGCCCCCCCAUUUGCGGCUGGCCCGCCGCCCUACAGCCCCUUGCUGCUGCGAGGGAAGCCGGGCGAUCCACGCCGGGUCAAAGUCACGCGCACCAAGUCAUGUGGUCCCUUCGUGCCACUGCAACCACAGCACCAGGAGGCCCUACUGUUCUCUGCCUAUUCGGACCCCCCCCACGCCACUCCUGGCUCCGCGGCCCCAUACCCCUACCCGGCCGAGCAGACUGGCGCCCCCCCAGCCCGCCGGCCGCUGCCAUUCCCCGGAGGCACUGCGGAGGAGUCCACUCGCAGCCUGCACAAGGCGCUGGCCCUGGAGGGCCUGAGGGACUGGUACCUGAGGAACACACUGGGGCACGCCGCCGCCGCCGGGCUCAAGGGACAGGACGCCAUGCUGCCCCGCCGUCGCACCACCCAUCCCCCACACCCCCACCCCCUCGCACAGCAGGCUCCACCCUUCCAGACGGAGCACCUCUACAGCCACGGCCCCGGUACCCAGCUGCCCCAGUCCGCGUCCUUCCAUGGGCACCCGCUGCAUGGCAGGUCCUUGGAUCUGUCCCUGUACCAGGAGCCCUACUCCUCUCAGAUGCAGGACUUGACACUGAACGAACCCGGCACUGACUCGCCUGCUCCAGGCACCCUGGUCUGAUGCACACAUAAGCAGUUAUGUUAAGGCCUACAAAGAAAAUUGACUCAAAUGCACAGACGGUUCCAGAAAAUGUUUUUCACAUUUCUGUCCUGGAUAGAAGAGCCUAAUAGAGAGGUCUGUGUAGUCUGUUGGUCCAGUUCAUGUGGGCUGAACUGGAACCACUUAAAAAUUAGAUGAAUUACCAGUAGACACCCUUGCUGUUGCUCAGUUUUUGGACUGUGGAGUCUUCCGACCUCUAUCUGAUUCCAGGGUUCUGGGAAAACUUGAGCUCCUAUCUGUUAUGUUAUUUAUUGUCUCUUCACCUUUUUUAUUACACACACCUGGCUGUCUUGGAAAUUUCCACUAGUUCAUGAACUGCAGUUAAUAUAUUUGACAAGAGACUUACAAAUGAAAUUCUUCCUCAGAUCUUGCAUAAUCAUUGAAGUACUCAAACUGUACAUGUAUUUAUUACGUCCUAUUCAGAGUCGCAAAUGUACUCAUGGAGUACCCCUGUGUGUGGCGUUCCCUUAAAAUGCAUAGGGGUUUAAUCAGGCUUUAUGUGACACUUUGGGAGGGAUUAACACGUUGAGGAUGCAAGCCCAUCUGGGAGGGCUGUGGUCAGCAGACCCCUGCUUUUUGUCACUAGGAAUUGGUCUUAAAGCAUUCAUCAUUUUGGAAGCGUGAUCACGAACAUGCAUUACGUGGAAUCUACCACAGCAUGGGGAAGCCACAUGCUCUUUACUGGCUUCACUUCACCAGCAUUUCCAAAUGAAAUCUUGGAGGUCACCAAUCCACCAGUAUUUUAUAGUCUCAGAGGUGCUUGGUCCAGAUUAUCGAUUUUCUUAGCCCGAUGUUUUCAGCCCUGGUCUUGGUGAGCCAAUGUUUUCAGUCUCUUGUUUGGCUCAUCCUGGGGUUGAUUGAGCUUUUAAUCUAAUUAAUCAUGUGAGCCACAUCACACUAAAGCUGAUGCACUAUUUGAGGACUGCAAUGGUGUAAAGGCCCAAAAGCUGUUCAGGGGUUAAUGACAAGUGGGCAUAUUAAACCGUAGCAGGUCCUUGGGGUACAGUUCAGUUUUAACGUUAUUUACAUGGGCGUCUUGAUCGUGGCUUUGCUUCCACACACACCAGCAUACACACUGGGCAUCGCAGGAUCAGGACUAAAAAGCACUGAGUUGUGAUUUACUAGGUGAGGACCAGAUAUUUAUUUUAUAAUGAUGUACUGUUUGUAAGCGUUUACAAUGUUAAGGAAAUUAUGCAAAAAAAGUCAGAAUCUGGGAUUAUAUUCGUCACUUUUCAAAAUCUCCAGGAGGUGGAAGUUGAAAAAUCGCAUAGAAUUGAAACUCCAGUCCAAAUGUAUCAGCAAGUUCGUUGAUGAAAAACCGCAAUUAAUCAUGAAUGCUUAGGAAAGGGAUGAUAAAAUCAACUCUGCCCCCUGGUGGGUGGACUCUAACUUCUUACAAAAGCAAUACUGAUAUGUACAAUCUUACAUCACAUGGAUCAUGAGCAUCAUAAUUGAUAAACUUUGGUUAAUUGAAGCAUUACCAGCUUUUUCUUGAGUGGCUGCUUUGUCAGUGAAAUAUAUAUUUUUUUUAUAUUGCUACUGGUUUCAGUUUUCUGAAGCCAUUUGUGUGGUUCUCUCUGUUGGAGAUGGGCAAUUAUCAUUGCCAUUGUUUUAAUUAUCAUAAUUAGGCCACUGCAAGAAACAAAUAGUAUUUUAACAGGAAUCCAAAUAAGGUUCAUGUUCUAGUUCAUUGUAAAUAUUUGUAUACUGCUACUCAAUCCCAUGGCAAAUAUUAUGAAACUUUCUGAAUCUUUUACUGCUUUUUUUUUUUUUUUUUAGAGUUGACAAUUCAUUUCUGAGCAGAUGUUUUUUAACAAAUCAAUGUGAAAAUAGCGUAAUGAAAACUGUCUGUGGGGAUCAUGCUGUUUUUAUGACUGCUCAGUCCUGUUUUUAUUUGGAGAGUGAUUUACAUGAUGCUAACUGGUGAAUUAUUUGGGGCAUGAAGUUGGGGGGGAGGGGGACAGUCUUGGUUAGGUAAUGGGUAGUUCUUUGGCAGAUGGAAACUGGAAGAGCGUGUGUCAUGUCAUAAGCAGGUCUUAUGGCAGUAACAAUUAAACCAAUAAAGAGGGAACCUGUUUAUCAUC